AGCCUUGCCCCCCCGGAGCUGUCGUCACUCAGCUGCAGCUCGCUUUCGCAGAGCCUCCAGCCUGUUGUGGAAAAGCUCAGCUGACCGACAGCUGAUCGUUGCCGUUAGUCUGGUAAACCGACACCUGUCCGCCGCCUCACGGUCCACAUUAUGCGCCUGUUGGAAGUCCUGCUGCACUCCUCUUCGGACAUGAAGAAUAAACCCAAGCGGAAUGUGAAGGCACCGGUUCCUGACCGCUUUGACAUGUCCAGCUUCGAGGUUUCUCUGCAGCAACUCAACGAACUGCUGACGGACGACAGCGGCUUGUACAGCUGGCCCACUAAACACUUCCACGAGGUUUAUCCACGGAUCUACAUUGGCAACGCAUUUGUGGCGACAAAUGUGCUGCGCCUCAAGCGUCUGGGCAUCACUCACAUCCUGAACGCAGCAGAGGGAAACUCCUACAUGCACGUCAACACCAAUGCAGACUUAUAUGCCGGCUCAGGAAUCAUGUAUCACGGCAUACCAGCCAGCGAUACUGACCACUUUGACAUCAGUGUCUACUUCGAAGAGGCAGCAGACUUUAUAAAGAAAGCCCUGGCAUAUAAAAAUGGAAAAGGGAAAGUGUACGUCCAUUGCAGGGAAGGCUACAGCCGCUCACCUACCUUGGUCAUUGCUUACCUAAUGCUUCACCAAAACAUGGACGUCCACACCGCUCUGGCCAUGGUGCGACAGAAAAGAGAGAUCGGACCCAACGACGGCUUCCUUCGGCAGCUCUGUCGGCUAAACCAAAGGUUGGCUGCUGAGGAGAAACUGGAACAAAUGAGUGGCACAAGUAAAAGAAAUGUAUCGUGAGAAAACAAAAUUAUGUUGACAAAGUAGCAUAUGGCUAACUUUCCACUUGUUCUAGGCUUGAAUGGGCCACAGUCCUGUGAAGUAAUGCUUUGAACCAAAUGAAAGGCAACCUUCUCACUGAGGGUGACAGCAGUAACUGUACAGAGCAGAUUACCACAUCCCACACACUGGCUCAUUCACUAGGCAAUUCACCUGUUCCUUUAAGAUCAUGUAAAGAAUCUUCUCAAUGUAUCUAUCCUUGCAGUAUGAAUUUCUAAUCUUCUUUCAGGCUUCAGCAACAUGUACACACAGUUUUAAAUAUAAGUAACAGUUAUGAAGCUCUAAUCUUAGGUUUAUAGCCGUCUGCUUUACUGUAACAAAACAGAAAAAUGAGAAAAUUGGCUAUUUAUUAUUUAUGAUGAUUUAUGGGUUCUUGGAAUUGUAGAAAUGUUGGUGCAAAAAAAAAAAAAAAAACCCUAAAGAAAUACUAGAAAUAGACUUUGUACUGUGAAUAACUUGAGCAACAGUUGUGUGAGUUGGCAAGGAAUGACCCGUUUUAAUGAACAUAGCUGAUAACUCGUUUAACAUAGAAUAGGUUAAAUAUUGUUACGCAUUUUCUGAAUAUCAUAUUUAUUACGGUUUAGUAGUUAUUUAUAACGUUCAGUAUAGUUUGCUGUGUGUUCUUUAUGCUUAACAUUUCAGUUAAUAGGCAUUUAUGUAUAGUUAUUGUGAGUAGUGAGAAAAUGGAUUGUGUUACUCUCACAUCUAGUCCAAUUUCUCCACCCUUCUAGCCAUGGGUCCUUCGUUCUGGCUCCUGUCCUGCAAACACUGCCAACUGUCUCAGUCACAGGCUCUCUCACUGUGAUUUUUCAUGUUAAAUCAGGAUAAUUUUAGAAAACUAGAGGAUUUUACUAGAGUAUUUUUGCCUCUUGUAUCUCUUAUGUGUAAAGCAACUUACGAAUCUUUGAACAGCAUUGUGCUCACAUUUAGAAAGCUGCUUCAAAAGCACUUCUGUCUUGUGGAUUCUGUGCUUUGGAGAUGAACUUGCUACUUUUGCACUGAAAACAUGCUGAAUUUAUAUUGAUUAAAAGAAUGUAAAACAAGCAAUAUAGUUUUAAGUCUACAGUUUUAGAUUAAGAUGCAAAAAAAUUAGCAUGGUAAACAUGACAGUAAUUGUUUUAAGAUCAAUUGUAUUUGUGCUAAACUAAUUUGUUGAGACCAAUUGAAAAUACAUGAUUGAAUUUCCAUAAAAUGAAAUAAUAGUCUUCCACAAUAAAACAUGUAUUGGGAGAGUUAAAUGAGUAAAUUGUAGCAUUUCAAUGUUGGUGUGGUCAUGAAACUAAAAACCUUUAAACCCUGCUGAACAGCUUAGCCAUUAGUCUGAUUUCUAUGAAUAAAAUAAAAAUGACUUGCAUUUUUAGACAAGUAAAUUAAAAAUGGCAAACCAUUGGUUAGGGGUUAGGACACAUAAAGACACAUAAAGAAGUACAUAAGUUAGUUUAUACCAUUUUUAUACAAAGGAAGGCGUAUGUAAUGCCUUUUAGCUUAGCAUAAACACUGUUCUUGUGUAACUAGCGUAGCAAACACUAUGUUUUAGAGAGAUAUACAUUUUUUCAUUAAGAUUUAACAACCAAUAUUCCCCUGUAUAUAAAUAACUAUUAUUAACUGUUAAAUAAUUAGUAUUGAAUCAUUUUUAACUUUAAAGCUUGCUAAAAGAACAGGAGUCCCAUAAAAAAAUGCUAAUAAUGUUUUUUUGUCUAAACAGCACACUAUAAUACCCUGAAUGUAACAUUAACACUGCCAGAAUGACAGUACGUCAAACUGUAACUUUUUAACUUCUUAGACAACAUCUUUGUAGAGUAGAAUAUUUAUAUGUUUGUUUUUUGGGCAGUUUAAAUACAGUUUUAUAUUAUACAGUUGCAUGCUUUGUGAUAUGUGUCAGCCAAAGUGUUGCUUACAGUCCUUAAUGGACACAGCUAUGUCUCUGUGUAAUUAAUGUGCAUUAUUAAUUGUGCAUUAUUUGUCACAGUCUGCUCUAUUGUGCCUGUAACGUGUGACUCAUCAUGCACAUUACUGAGAAGGAUUUGAUGUAACCUAAUUGGUCAAAUCAGAAGACUCACAGUGAGUCUCACAGAUUAUGACACAGCUUUGAUGAAGUGCACUUUAUCUAAUGACAUGGGAUUCUGAUUGUUCUCUUUUCAUAAAUUAAAUACAAAAUGUGAAAAUGUCAA